AGCAUACAGAUUGCUGUGCACAAUUUAAAACGUGGAAAUAGACGGAAGCAGGCACAAACCCUCAUUCUGUCUGUGCCAGAAUUUAUUUUCUCUGUGGUUCAGUGCAGCACUCUGAGCCUGUUAUGUUUGUAUUCGGGGAUAUCAUAUUGUUGCUGCACAUAUUGUACUGUGUAAAAUACACCUAUAGUCUGCUGCUUGUACAUAAAGUGCAUUUUCUGUUAAUUUACUGUUUGGAAGUGAAUUUUUAAAUCACAGGCUGCAUAAGAAAAACUUAAAAAUAAUGGUCGACAAUUUUUGUGCCCCCUCACAGGCGACACCGUGGCUUGACUCAUCAUGUUUUCCAGUUGUCCAUUCAUCCUGUUGGCAUGAACAUGGCACUUGCCAAAGAUCCCGGGGCGGGACUGGAGCAGAAAGAUGCAGCCGACCAAAACUUUGACUACAUGUUUAAGCUGCUGAUCAUCGGCAACAGCAGCGUGGGAAAGACCUCCUUCCUGUUCCGCUUUGCAGACGACUCCUUCACUUCGGCUUUUGUCAGCACAGUCGGCAUUGACUUCAAAGUGAAGACCAUCUAUAGAAACGACAAGAGGGUCAAACUUCAGAUCUGGGACACCGCAGGACAGGAGCGUUACCGCACCAUCACCACAGCUUACUACAGAGGAGCCAUGGGCUUCCUGCUAAUGUAUGACAUCACGAGCCAGGAGUCUUUCUGUGCUGUACAGGACUGGGCAACCCAGAUCAAGACGUACUCAUGGGGCAACGCGCAGGUAGUGCUGGUAGGCAAUAAGCUGGACCUGGAAGAGGACAGGCAGGUCCCCACUGAAGAGGGCCAAAGACUGGCUACAGAACUUGGCUUCCAGUUCUUCGAGGCUAGUGCCAAAGACAACAUCAACGUGAAGCAGGUUUUUGACAAGCUGGUAGACGUCAUCUGCGAGAAAAUGAACGAGAGCGUCAACGGUGAUGCCAGUCCGCUGUCAGCCAGUCAAAAAGAGGCUGACCUUAACGAGAAGCCCCGCAGCAACCCGGGCGGCUGCGCGUGCUGAUAGCUGGCAGUGGAAGUUCAUAGAAAAGGGGGUUUCAUACUCUCACACACACACACACACACACACACACACACACACACACACACUCAGAUUACCUGUAUUGUCAAAAAUCUAUCAUUGUCAAAGUACUUAUUCAUGUUACUUCAGUAUGGAUGCUCCCUUUUCUUCCUUUUAUCUUUUCACAAUUUGACAAAUCCUGCUUCAUCGUGAAUCGAAAGUGACUGUUACACUGAGAUGCCAAAGAGCUGCAGCGAGCAGCUGUGCCUUUAGUCCCACACCUCUGCUUCAUUAUGUCUUAUUUAGCAGGUGAACGGCACCUGUUGCAGGUGAGGAUGUGAAUAAGCCAAAUCAGCACAGUGUGGAGAUCACUGUGAUUUACUGGUGUCACAGCGCCCUCUCGUGGGUGCUGCGUGAAAAUGCAUCACUGUGACUCGUUACUGCUCACUGUGUUUCCCGUGAACCUGUAAUCCUGCUGAGGAAGAGGGCUCGCUAACUGUUAGGCACCAAGUCAAACGUAGCUGAAGGCUGAAGUCAGACUCACCUGAAAGGUCUUUGUGCACAGUCCAGACAUGUUAUUAUUGAGGGAUGUUCUCGUUUUCUUUUUAUUUAUAUUUUCCUGUUUUUGUUUUAUUUUUGUACCUUCAUUGGGUAAUGCUGGUUCAAUAUUUCCUUUGCCACAUUAUUGUGUCUCUUACAAGUGGAGAAUAAAAUAUGUGGAAUUGAA